AACUAAAUAAUUUUCAUUAUAAUUAUAUAAUUGAUCUAUAAACUCAUAUCUCAUAUUGCAGAAGGAGGACUUAUCUUAAUUGUAUUUACAGAAUAAUAUCGACACCACAAUGUGAUGAUUUAGAAAAUCUCCGUAAAAUGACCAUGGAUGAGUUCCAUCCAUUCAUCGAGGCCCUCCUGCCCCAUGUGAAGGCGUUCUCCUACACGUGGUUCAACCUGCAGGCAGCCAAGCGGAAACACUUCAAGAAACAUGAGAAACGCAUGUCUAUGGAGGAGGAGCGCAGGGUCAAGGAAGAAUUACAGAAUGAAAAACCGGAAAUCAAACAGAAAUGGGCUUCAAGACUCCUAGCAAAACUUCGGAAGGAUAUAACGCAGGAAUGUCGCGAGGAUUUUGUAUUGAGUAUAUCUGGAAAGAGACCGCCGUCAUGUGUGUUAAGUAAUCCAGAUCAAAAGGGCAAAAUGCGACGAAUAGACUGUCUGCGGCAGGCGGACAAAGUCUGGAGACUGGAUUUAGUCAUGGUGAUACUGUUUAAAGCAAUUCCGUUAGAAAGUACUGACGGAGAGCGGUUAGAAAAGUCACCGGAUUGUAUACACCCGAACUUGUGUGUGAAUCCACACCAUAUAUCAGUGUCAGUGCGAGAGCUGGAUCUAUACCUUGCCAACUUUAUUCAUAGUUAUGUUCCUGACCCCCGAGAUCCGCGGGCCGAGUACCAAGAGAUCCCCAUGAAUCACCAUGAUCAGGAUAUUAAAGUGCCAGGCAACAUUCAUUCGGGAGUUUCUGGCAAUGACAGUAUUAUGGCCACAGGGGUUUUCAGUGCUCGGGAAUUAAUGCGCGUCACGAGACACUCAUUUGCGACUGAAUUUGAAGAUGUCGACGACAAUAGUCCCAAUGCUUCCAUAAUGAUGCCUCACAAUGGUACACACCCGAUGUUGCCCCCGCCCAAGAUUGACAGCCCCAGCUACUACCAGUACAGUCCCCACCCUCAGGAUCACAGCCAGCACAUGGCCGCCAUGGCCUCUCACCACGGCAUGCCCAACGGUCAGGCUCAGCUUAGCCCCUCAGGUAAUCCUCACAAGCGUCUGAAGCGGUCGACGAUGAGCUCAAUCUCUAGUGCGGAUGAGGACCAGGAGAGCAUUGGGGACGACACAGAGCAGAUGUCCAGCUACUACAAGGCAUCCGGCGGGAUGGGCGGGCACACAUCGGCAUGGCAACAAGACCCUAAUAUGGACCCAGGUGCCCCAUCAUCCUCAUCAUCUUCGGGAUUGCAUUCCCCUCGCGUUUUACACUCCCUCCAAUCAGCGGCCUCAGAGCGCAAGGGGUUCACUCCCGUGACACCUCGGCCCGAUCAUGCAGCAACGCCUCCUCGAGUCCUGGGCGGUUAUGAACGACUGCAUGAACUCGGGAGAGAGCCUUCACGAAACUUAAAUCCAUCCAAUCAGGCUGAUGUGACAGAAAUCUCAGACAGCGACGAGGACAGACCGUCUCCACGGCAACGAUCGCACGACCGACCCGCGAUCUCCGUCGGCAACGCUAGCUUUCACCCGAUUCUCACCACUCUAGUUGGCAUGCAGCCAAUGGCGCUGAACUCGAGUCAUGGCCACGGAGUGCUCAAGUACUCGGACCAGGGUGGCCAUGGUCACAGUGGCGACACAUUUCAGGACUUUGUCUCUCUUGUUUGCCAGGAAGCACCAAACCCUCAAGGCCAGUCGAACCCAUCAUCCCCGCCUGGUAAGGGGUCGGGCAAGAUGACCUACUACACCCCGGGGAUGCCCCCACCCCCUCCGCCCCCGACCCUUGCGCGACCAGUGGCGUUACUCCGCACCUCAGAUGGCUCUGUGAUCAGUAGCAACAACACUUCCAUGUCGAGUUCUACAAUGAGCAUCUCCAACAGCCAGGUGAACGUAAGCAACUCCCCCGGGACCCCGCCGGCCAACCGGUCCAUCAUGUCUAGUCCAUUUGCCAUGCUGAACCGGCCAGAACACGGCUUUGCACAUAUCCAUCCACAGGGGCAUCAGUUGUUUUACCCGAACAUCAGUCCAGUGAACGCGUUCAGUGGGGUGAUCAGCCCGACAACAUUGAGCCUCAUAUCGUCGCCUGUAGCAACGCCGCGCACGACACCCCGGUCCACACCCAUCCCUCGCUGGGCCAACCCAUUUGGAAUACCUCUCGAUGACAACAUGGACUACAACAACAUGAUCGCCACCAUGAUGCAUGUGAAUCCCGACGAGCCCCUGAUGAACGAAGACCGCAUUUUCCCGGUGCUGCACAACUCCGACAACGGGAUGGAACCGUCCGGCUCUGGUAACGGAACCAACAAUGGGGGCGGGGCCUCUGGCCCCUCCCACGUGCCUGCCAAUCACCAGGGCUCCCCCACUCCUGGCCCGCCUCCUGCUUCAAAACAGGCAUCUCAGUCAGCCCAGCAGGCCACGUGACAAUCACUGUAGCCUGAGGAAAACACUCGUGUCACCUUUUGGAACUCUGUCACUCUUGGAAAACACUUGUUCACCUUUUGGAACUCUGUCACCUUUUGGAAAACACUCUGUAAUUUUUGAAGCUUGUUAAGUUAUCUGGCAAGGAAUAUAUUUGAACAAAAUUUUGGGGAAAAUGGUCUUAAUGCAUUUUCUUUAAGUGUGGUCCCUGAUUUAAGUGCGAUCCCUGAUUGGCCUGUGCAGUCCGUAGGGACGUCUUCCGCUUUCAUGAUAUUUUUAUUCAAAAUAAUGUCUCUUGUAAACAAAAAUCCAGUGUAGGCAGAAAGUAUUGUCCAUUUUAGAACUGUGAGGACUGCACAGGCUAUUCUGGGAAGACACUUUAUGCACUUGCAUUAAGCCCUGUGUUCCCACAGCGAGACUCAUUUAUGUUUAAAAAAUGUCAUAGAGCUUGUUUUGUUUACCUAUGAGAAAUAGGUUUGUAUACAAGUAAUGAAUAUUUAUUUCUUGACACACAUUGUUUUAUCCAAAUUUUACAUACUUGCGUGUUACAAAGUGACAAGCUAGCCAAGUAGCUUUAAUAUCAAAUGACAAAACAAAUACUUUGCUUGAUUUUCCGUAGAAAAGAAAAGAAUUGAUCUUCAUAUAUUUUUUUCCCACAAGCCAGCGUUCAAUAAAGGCAAUUAUAUCAAAGCGAAUGAACAGACAAGGUACAUGGUACAGCAAUAGUAUGAAAUCUAACUGUUUUAACAUUUUUUAUUUCGUAAUUAAAUGCCAGUAUUUAAAAAAAUAAGCAAUUUUGUUGGAGGGCUGUUGGCCGGAGAAAGCAUGACUGAGGACACUGUUGUCAGUCUAUGUUGUUUAGUAUGUUGUUGCUAUUUUGUUUGUUACCUGUGCAGGGCUGGGUUAUAUUGUAAACAUGAGAUUGCACACUCGAUGUGCGGCCAGCUGUGAUACAAUUUUUUGUUAAUAUUAUUUUAUUUUAUUAUAGUUUUCUCAGUAAAGUCAUGCUGAUGUUAUUGCGUUUCACUUAAUGAUGCUUGAUUUUUAUUAAGUAUUUUUGUUUGUGUUUUGUUUUUUUCGAGCAAGUGACUGGGACAGAGAGUGGUUUUUUUGUAUUGUUUUUAAAUAUAAUUGCUAGAAUCACAUGAAUUUCUGAACAAGAUCAGAUGUUCGUGCUUUCAUAAAUAUCUCGCUUAAGACCACAUCAAAUUACUUUUCUUAAGAGUUCAGAUAUGUAUGUCCAUAAUUUGAAAAACAACUUGUCACAAAUUCGAGUUAACCUGUUCACAUGUUAAAGUGAAAAGUCAUGCAUGUAUCAAGAUUUUGUUUGUAUUCAGAUGUUUUCUUAAUUUCAUCACAAAGGCAGAUUAUUAAAAAUUGUAAUUUUCACAAGGCACCCUUAAAGCCUGAGAAUCCCUGUACAUUUUACAACCUUUUGCAGUGUUCUUUGAGCACGAAUACUGUAAAAUCAUUUAUAUUUGUCAUCAUCAAAUUUCGUGGUUUUUCACAAAUAUAUUUGUUAUAUGUAAAUUUAUGGAUUUCUGGUAAUAUAAAAAAAAACAGCAGAGACAUUUGCGUCAGUCAUUUUUCGAUGUGUUUGUGUUAACUCUUUCAGUGCUGGAACUGAAUUUUGAAGGCCUUUGCAAACAGUUAGGAUCCAGUCGAGACGCCACAGAACAUGGCGUCUCAUCAGGAUCCAAACCGUUUGCUAUUCUGAUAGUAUUCUUUGAAAAAAAAUGAAGAAAAUGCUGAUUUUAGAAAUUCAGCGAACGACAUUUUAGCAGACAACAAAUUUCCCAGUAUGCAAAGGGUUAAAUUAUUGGAUUGAUAAACCCACAAAUUUUAAUGAAAACUAAUGUCCCACAAAUAAUAAUGAGUUUACAGUAUAUUAGAUUGAAACUUCUUCAUGGAUGUUGUAGAUGAAUCUACCUCAUUACUUUACCAACAAAGUGUCACUUUCGUGGAUCAAAUAGUACAAACAUUUUCUUAAUUGAUUUGCCUCUAUCCACUGACUCACUCAUUUACUUUUGAAACAGUAAGGAAAUGUAUUAUGGAUCAUUGUUUUAUGUACAUUAAUUGGACAUAAAUGACAUCUCCAUUUUCCAAUAUGUAAAUUUUGUCCUACCUAAGAUAUAAUAAUAUGAUGACUCUAAUAUUAAGAGUUAAUGUUUUUGUUACUAAUACUUUUUAUGUUGAGUCGAUUAUGCACAUUUUAACGACCUUAUAAUGUAGUUUCUUCAAGGUGUAUUUUUGAAGUGAGUAAAGAAAUUUGUAGCGAUUAGUAAAUAGCGUUGUUUGACCGCAAGCAUGUGUAAAUGUAGAACUCAUUGCUGAAAAAAAUAAUGAAAGUAUAAACAGUAAAUACACAGUGAUGAUAAAAUAUUUAACUGUUAUACCUUUCUGCAAUUUUGAUUGCAGUGUAUCGCAGUUUUUCGCGAAUUAUAAUUUUUGUAUUGUUUUUAAAAUGCCCAUGAGUGCCAAAUCAUUUUGCUUUAAUUAUAGUUCUAUUUUUCAUGUGUUUGUAUUUGUCUUGAUUGUUUAUCAGACUUAAAAAUAGGUAUCUGACGAAAAUCUCCUUUAAUGUUAUUUGAGAUUUUUGAUGAAACAUUGUAGAUAUUAGUCACAAGAAGUAGCCUGUGAGUGUAAGUUUAUGAUUAAUUUCUAUUCCAUUAUUUAUGACAAUAGAUAUUGCAAACACUGUUACAAAUAAUGGAUAUUAAUAAGUCCCUUUUAAAAAUUAGCCAGGUUUUGCGAAAAUGGGUAUUAUGCCUUCCAGCCUGAGAAUCCAUGAAGUUUGCUCAGGAUGUUAUGACCAGGCAUGUCUUGAGCUAUGCUUGACAAUGACAUAAGACCCAUGUUUGCAUGAUGUGGGUUAAAUAAUGUAUAUGCUUCAUACGUAGGCAAUUUUAAUGGAUUGAUUGUGUAAAAACAAAGAGCUGUGUUAUAUCAAUGUAGAACCCGAAUAAACUUACAUAGGUGUUAAAAGCCAACAUUAAUUUUCCAUUAAAGAAUAAUAUUUCUUGAUCUAUGUUUGGUUUAGCCAUCCGAGAAAUAUAGGCCACUUAAUGCGGCUGUCCAGUAGAAAUUGUUUAAUAGUUUUAUAUUGAAUUCUGGGUUCAUAAACCAGUUAAUAAAAAAAUGUAUUUUAUUUUUGAAGUUGUCUAAGUACGUAUAGUAGCCAAUGGUAAGAAUGAUCCGAUAUUGGGAUAAAUUUGAUUGUAGUAAAUAACAUAGUUAUUGUUUCGAAAUUAAAUAUGCUUUGUUAUGAUAGGAGACCAUGAUGUAACUAACACAUAUCCAUUGAUCAUUUCAAAAUUGUUGUUGCGAUUUGUUGUAGCGUUACUCGUGCGUUUCGGAGUUUUGUUUUCAACUUAUAUACUGUUGGUGGAUUUUAUUUUAUUGCCCUGUAAAUAGCUUGUUAACUUUAAUGUAAAAUAAUGUAAAACAUGUAAAUAGUGUAUAUACGUACUAUGUUUGCAUACAUAGCAAUUAAUUUAUUAUUGACAGUGUUGUAACAGAUGAUUUGUUUUAUAUAUCUUAUCAGAGUCUGAUGAAAGUUUGUUGCCAUGGAAAUCAGUUGAUUAUUGUUUCUAUGGUAACAGAAAUUUUGGAAGGUUUAUUAUCAAAAAAAGAAGCUGUGAUGGAAUAUUGAAAUUGACUUGUUUUUCUUUUGUUGUUUUUUAAUUCUGAAAAAAGUUUUAUGUCUGUAUAAAUUUCCUCUCUGUACUCUCGAAUCUGUGUAAAAAGAGGUUUAUGUAUCAUGUGACUUUCUCUUUGAAACAUUUAAGCUAUUAUGAAUUGUCACUUCCUUAAUUUAUGGUUAAAUAAUUUGAUUGCAUAGCAUUUUUUUUAAAUCAUUUCAGUCAAAGUUUUUAAACGUAUUAGUAUUUGAAAAAAAAAUUACUGUAAAACUUUUACUAAAAAGGUUUUGCAAGUGGCUUUUCAAUCAACUUCAAAAAGGAAAGAAAUAAUCAGAAAUCUUAUGGUCUUUUCUAUUUUACCUACUGGUGACUGUGAAUAAUGCAACAAUGAAUCUUAAAACAUCCUGGUUCAGUAACAGUUCGGUCAUUUUGAAUGACGCCACUAGCAGACCAUGAUUUAGAGACUCUGUAAUAUAUGCUGAUGUAACGGCUGUUUAGUACUUAAACAAAACUGGUCAAAACUCUCUUGGCAAAUUUGUAUCUCAGAAUUUUGCGAGCUUUAAAUUCAAACUUCAUGUUAGCACAUUAGUGAAAUAAAAAUAUCUGUUUUGGUUGUGGUCUUUAGAAAAUAUAUCUUUGAUCCAAAUAUAAGUCGCACCACCUGUUGUUAGCCUCAUGGUCGCACUUCUGUCAUCUGUCUUCACUACUUACUGUGCAUUUCUUCUCUGUGAAUCAUAGCAGAUAAGUAUGAGCUGUGCUCUGGAAAAAUGGGGUUUAACCCUUUGCAUGCUGGGAAAUUUGUCGUCUGCUAAAAUGUUGUCUGCUAAAUUUCUAAAAUUAGCAUUUUCUUCGAUUUUUUUUCAAAGAAUACUAUCAGAACAGCAAACAGUUUGGAUCCUGAUGAGACACCACGUUCUGUGGCGUCUCAUCUGGAUCCAAACUGUUUGCACAGGCCUUCAAAAUUCGGUUCCCGCACUGAAAGGGUAAAUGCAUGUGUGUAAAGUGGCAUCCCAGAUUAGCCUGUGCCCUCUGCAAAGGCUCAUCAGGAACGAUACUUUCUGCAUAGACUUGAGUUUCGUUUAGAAGAGACAUACUUUUAAGGAAACAUUCUAUAAAAGCGGAAACUGUCGUCCUAAUCUGAGACGACACUUAAGGCAGGUGCAUUUAGCCCCGUUUUCUCAGAGCAAGUCUUGUAUAUUAGUAUUGCAUUUGAAACCAAAACAUUACAAAUUGUUGCCUUACUAUUGUCACGGUCUUUCAGUAUUAUGCAGCCAUCAGCUAUUGAUUUGUAUGUUAUGCAGUGUUAUUUUGCUGAUUCAGCAUAGAUGUUGUUUAUUCAAUCAUUAUUUACAGCUCGAGCUUUGAAUUUUUUCUUGUGAAAAGUUUUCAACACAUUUUUUCUUGUAAAGGAUGCUUCAAAAUACACACUUUAGUGAAAGUAUAUUGAAAGAAUAUAGAUUAAUCUGAAAACCAUGAAUUCCUUCUUUCCUCAUGGAGGUAUUUCAAUAGUUUAUUUAACUCGCAAUAAAAUUAUGGACUUAAUGGGAUUUCUCUAUUUAUUUUUUUCUAAAAACUAAUAGAAAUAGAAAACUUAUUGUAGUUUGGCUGCAGAGCACAUGUAUUAUGAUUUACUUUUUCCUGUCUCUCUUCCUUUUUUUGUCCGAAAACGGAGCGCCAAAUGAAAUAAACUAGUGUAUGCAGUAUUAUUUAAUAGAUUUCUGCCGACUCUUAGACUUUGAAAUAUAAGCAAUAAUAUCAUUGACAAAAACAGAUGUAAAUAUGCAAAAUGGAAAAAUACCCAAAAGAUGCCUCUAUGCAAAAUGUUAUAGUAACAUUUUUGUCAUUAUGUAAAUACAUUCACCAGUUUGUGUAGUGAUAUUUUAUACUGUGUAAAUUCAAGUACAUUAUAUAAACUGUUUGUAAUAACAAUAUAUUGGUUUAGACUCCAGAAGAGGUACAACUGAACAGUGUAACAACUAAAAUACAUUAAUAUUCACUAAUAUCACUCAGAAUAACAAUUUCUUUAAUAACUUGUCUUUUGUCUUUUCAACAAUAUUUGCCAUAAUUAGAUAAAUAUGAUAAAUGGUUAACCCUUUCUUGCUCGGGAGCAUAGUACAAAUGGUUAAAUACAACCAUCAUAAAAGCAGAAGUAACUGAGAGUAACUGGCAGUCUGUUCAGAUUUUAAUGCUGUUUGUUGUUCAUCAAUAUUGUUAUGAAGGAAAUGAAGGUUUUAAAACGUGAAUAUAGUACAAAUGGUUUCUAAAUUUAUUUGAUUUUCUAAGGGACUUGAUCAAAAGCAAAAGUUGAACUCUGCUUCUUAUUUUCACUAUUUAAGUUUUAAAUUAAUGCAUUAUUGCCAAAUCACUUGUUAAAACCCCACUAACUGACACAAUUUUAUGAUAAGAGAAACUUUUACUACUUUUUUUACUAUAAUGUUACCUACAUUCACAAAAAAUCAAUCUAUCCACUUCUUAGUGUGUUUUUUUUCAGACAUGAAUCAAUGAAAAGAAAGACCAUAUAAACGUUUAUGCUGAAUGAGACUGUAUCCUCCAAUUCUAAGUAUUGCUCUUUUUUUUCUGUCUAUCUUAUGUGCCAAAGUUAUUGAGUGCUUUGUUGUUGGAAUCUUUGUAAGAGUUGCCUUGUUGUUUAUUACAGAGUUGUAUGUGUAACAGUAAGGUCUCUUUGGGAAUUGCUGUUGGUAGACAUAUACAGUCAUACUUUACACAGAUCUAUAAUCUUGUAGUAAUAGGGCCCGUACAGCGUUUCAGCUUACCUAUAUUAUACCAGAUUAAAAAAAUAUAUUUUCACAGCAGCAUUCUGUCUCAAAGAAAGUAAUGCCCUGGAUAUGCAAAUAAGGAGAACUUAACUGAAAUUACAGUCAACUGUUAUCAUGACUAGGAUGGAUGGAUAAUGUUUUAAGGUCAUACAUAGAAACUAAACUGAAAAUGAACAAUAAACGCAACUCUUAGUGCGUCUCAAACUCUUGUGAGACAAGCUUUUAUUGAAGGUUGCACUGUGAAAUGUCAAGCUGAUCAGCUUUUGAAUACCCGGUAGGGUGCAUGUUACUGUUACACAGAGAGAAAAGAAACAAUACACGUUUGUGUGACAGGAUUGAUUUUGAAUCUCAAGAAAUCCACAGUUGACCAAACAUUUUAGUAUAUCGUAGAGACUUUGUAAUUUGCCUUUAAUUAUUGUAUGAUGACUAGCUUUUAUGCACAAAAAGCUAUGACAACAUCAAAAUUUCUGAAAUUCAUGUGUGAAGUUAACUCUUCAUGUGUUAAUUUACUACGUAUUUACCAACAUUCUUAUGUCAGUGUCCACUUGGUGCACUGUUAAAAUGCACUGUUCCAAAUGUGUGUACUUUUAAAAAAUAUUUCUAACUUUCUUUCUUGAAUUUUUCUUCUCAGUAAUUUUACACUGUUAAUGUACUCUUACACAUGUCACUCUAUAGAUUAUUUGUUGUCCACUUUCAGUUUACAUCAGUUGAAACAAAUUAUAUUGGACACCUUGUUCUGAUUAAUUAUGAGUAAAAGCUAUGGUCGAGUUUACAUGUAUGUCAUACUAUCACCUAUUUAAGCAAUCGUUUGACAUGAAGGCUUUUCUUUAAGAACGCUUCUAGAAAAAAAGACGAAAAUGAAAAAAAGCUAUUUUUAGGGCUGAGGGUGAUUCUGUUUAAUGUUUGUUAUUUUCUAUAUAAGAUUAAAAAACUUAACUCUCGGCUCUGCAUAUGUAGCUUGCGAACUGUUUAUAUUCUUUUGACCAUAUUGCCUACUUUGAAACACAGUAUUACAGUUGUGGUAGAAGGUGUAAUAGAGCUAUGCAGUUUUUGUGGUUUAGUCUGGUAUUGUUGAAUGGGUUAUUUCUUGAUAACACAGUUUGAUAAUGAUUGUGAACUUUUUGUUAAUGCAAGUCUAAAUAUUGUAUGACAUUUUUGUUUUGUUUUAAGCACUGGUUAUUUAUUUUUUAGCCAUUUGUAUUUAUCUUAAUAUUUUGACUGAAUAAAGUUAUGGAGUAAAACGA